AGGAGUUAUGCAAUGAAGAUUACUUUUUAGAGCUGGCUAUACUUAUUUGACUGAUGGUGUGCUAUUUGACUUCAAAAAGGAUCACAUAUUUCCUCAUUGUAAGGCAACUACGAUUCGAUAAAUAUGAUUUUGUGGCCUCGGAGUUGGAGAGGAUGUUUUUCAACAGCCUAGGAAACCUUGAUCUUUCUAAUCUUCUGCCAUCAGACGAGUUAGAACGCAUAAUCAGAUCAAACUGUAUAAGUACAGAACAACUGUCGAAUGCUCAAUCCACUUUGGACCUUUUGUCAAAAGAUGUAGCUGAAAAAGAAAGUUUUUUACGACGACCCAAGUCCAGUCUAUCAAUAGAUGAUGAUCCAUUUAUUGUUUCUCAAGUCAAUGUCUUAUCCCCAAUUUCGCUUCCUGCUGAUUCCAGUGUUGAAGGAGACACAGUACAAGCUUGUCAAUCAAGCGUCAUUCAGACUAUAGAAGAAAGCUCUGUCCAAACACUGAGAAGGGGAAGAGCUGUACAAAAUAGUUCAUCAUCUUCAGUAUGUACACAAGAUGAAAAUAAAUCUGAGACGUCUCAAACAGAAGAACUUGUAAGUGAACUGAAAAAGAUAUCACUUGAACUGAACAAUGUGGAUCAAAUUAAACAAUUACCUAAUUCCUUUCUUUCACUCAAAUCCAGUACAGUUGAGUCCCCUCAAUGUGACACCAUAUUGCCCCCAAAAACUUCUUCAACUUGCGUUGAUGAUCUCGUAAUAUUACCUGAUCUCGAAAUAUUGCCUGGUCUCGAAAUAAUGCCUGAUCCUGUGGAAUCAGAUGAGACAAAACCAUCGCAAGAUUUACCCGAGCCUGACCUUCCUGGUAACUACACUAAGUACAAAAUCGUGAAGAUUACCGAUGAUGAGGAUUUGGAUACCAUCCAGCCUGAAUCUCAAGCUUCUGAGAGAAUUGAUCCCCCUUUGAGUGGUCCUAGCUUGACUAGUAGUUUGUAUCUAAAUGAGCAGGCUGUGACUGAUGAACUCAAAAAACCAGCACGCUACAAAUUUAGUGACUACGGUAAACCAGAGGACUUUGCUAAUGCUCCUGCGGCUGAGAGAACAUCAAUCUCAUCUGAGAAAAGGGUGACAAAAAACUCUGGUCCUAAGAGACCAUCUGCAAGUGGAUACACCCAGCCAAUUCAGAGUACUAAGCCUCCAAUUCAGAGUACUAAGCCAAUUCAGAGUACUAAGCCAAUUCAGAGUAAUAAGCCAAUUCAGAGUACUAAGCCGCCAAUUCAAAGUAACUCUGCAGAUUCUUGUUCAGUAAAAAGUACACCAGCACACAGGCUAAAUGAUAAUCCAGAAUUGUUAAAUCUAAACGAUGAUGACAAGAUCAAGGUUCUCAAUAUCCUAGCUGAGGGUUGGAUAGUUCAUGUUGUAUUUGAGAAAAGAGUGAGAAAAGAAGUCCCUGGUACUCCAAAAAAGUGUGCCUUGCAAGAGAUUCUGUACGCUGUAUUUGGAUGUGAUGCUAGCAGUUUUGUUGAGUUUCAAACUAACGGGAACAAGAUUAGUAUAAGACUGAUCCCAUCUUAUAAAGCCGAACAUUUUGAAACAAUUCUUGCUAUGAUAGAAUAGAGAGAUGAAAUGAAAGUACAUCGACCAUUGCAGAUUGGGUUUAGAAAAUCCUGGUUUUGCAAUUUGGACUUAAUAAUUGCAUUUGUCACUGGACAAAAUUGAUAGUUUAUUUGAGUAUGCAAGUACUAUUUUUUAUGACUGUAAGUUUGAUUGUUUUGAUUUUUGAUAAUGUAAAGUUGUAAGACCACUUUGUUUUUUCAUAAUAAAUUGGGUUUUUUUCUUUUUAGUAAGUGAAUGACGGGUUAUGUCACAAUUUUACCUGUCAUUUGAUUUCGCAGUUUUUCAAAAAGAUCGUUUAGUAGAUUAAAUGAAUCUCGUUGAGAGCAAAUGUAUAUCUAUUUUUUAAUCACUUAUUUGCUUUACUAUAUUUCGAUCAAUUCCCCAACACCCUGCAUCGGUUUAGGUGAUGUUCUCUACUCGAGUUGCUUUCAUACAUUAAACUUCAAGAAUUGUCAUGUACUUGCAGGUUUUAGCACCCAACUUAUUGCUAAAGCAUUCUUGCAAUUUAUGGCUUUAUGGUGGAUGGGACUGAGGCCUAGGACUUCAUGUUUUUAGUUAGUUUUCUAAUAUUUACACAAUUCAGCAUGAGCAAUGGUAUGAGAAAAUACCACGUUCGUGAAUAUAUUGAAUAUAUACCAACUGACCUUGAACGACAGCGUUACGGCUUGGAACAAAACGUGUUCUAUGGUGAGAUAGAAGAGAUAGAUUUUGAUAAUGGAAUUCUUUCCCUUGAAUCUGUCACUUCAACUGGGAUCCCUGACAAAGUAGAAUGCUUCAAAAGAAAGAUGACUAUCCUUGAAGCUCACAGGGUCAACAAAUUAUCCUUUGAAGUACCUGCUAGCUUACAGAAAGCUUUCCAAGAGCAGCUUGACAAAGAAUCGAGGAAUGAGACCGAAUUUAUGAAAAAAGAAGCUAUAGAUUAUGGGAGAACACAGACUACAUCGUUAGAGGAUAAAGAAAACGACCCCAAUCCAAACCAAGAUGAUGAGGAGCUACUAACUGACGGGGAGCCAAUUUCAGAUUCUUCUGAGGUCCUUACUCAGAAGGAACAAUCGUUUGAACCAGCUCAUCAGAUUCCUUCCGAGAAUGACCAAAUUCUUGCUGAGAAUGGGAAAAAACUUGUCGAGUUUGAAGAUAGUACUUCAGAAAAUGACGAAAGUCCUGCUAUAAAUCACGAAAGUCCGGUCGAAAAUAGUCAAGUUUCUGUCAAAAAUGACCAAUUUGUUGGUGACAGCGAAGCAAUCUUUGAUGAAAGUAUGCCUAUUUGUGAUGAGAAUGAGCAGGAAACUGAUCAGAAUGUGCCUUCUUCUACAGAAGGUGAGGCAGUCCCCGUUCAAGAUGAUAAAUUAAAUGAUGGAAGUGAGUCUGAUGACAAUCUGGAACCUCCCGCUAUAGAUGAACCACAUGUUACUGGCGACAAUCAACCAGAAAAACAGCAGAAAAAAGAUAGCGGAAAGGUAAAAGAGAAAAAAGCUCCACGAGAACGAAUGCACAAUAAUAUCACAAUAAACAACAAUCACACGAAUUUGCGAAGAACUGCAAGACAGCAUAAACCAGUGUAUAAAAAUGUAAGGUACGAGUAUGAUGACACUGGAGCCUACGUUCAAAUAGUGGACCCUGUCACCUUUAUGACGCAGGAGCAGAGCUACAGGUGGUUUAAAAGAAACUUUCCAACUAAAAAACAGGCGAAGUCCGUAGGUAUUCAGUACUACAAGAAAUUUCGUGCCAACAAGAGAAUGACCAAGAUAUACAGCGACUCUGAUUCAAGCGGAGAUGAAGAUAACAACGAAACGAGGGAAGAAAGUGAUGCUGAACCCACCAGGGUAGGGGAUCAGUCUGAGAGUGAGAGUGAGAGUGACGAGUCUUUUAAGCCUGAUGAAGACGUUACUGACGCUUUUUCUACUGACGACGACUCGUUUCGAUUGACAAAUAGCUCAAAGAAUGAGACAGCAAAUAGCUCAAAGAAUGAGACAGCAAAUAGUUCAAAUAAUGAGACAGGAAUCAGCUUGAAAAACAUUUCGAAAAUAUAUCCCAAGAAGAAAGCUAACAAAGGAGAUAGAAAGUCGUUAGAAAAACGGAUGCAUCAGAAGAACGUUAUAUUAAACCCGAAUAACUCAAAAGGUCGAGCCAAUGUGAAAAAAAGAAGAGAAAAGGGUUCUAUAUAUACCUCUUCAGAAGAUUCGGACAGCGAAGUUGAGGUAUCACGGUCAUCACAAUUAAAAUCAAAGAAUCUGACCGUGAAGAAGGGAGGUCGUGGUCGGCCUAAAAAGCAAAGAAGCGAAUCUGAACAGUUUAGUUCAGAGGAUGAUAGACGAAGCAAAAAACCUAUCCUUGAAAAGUCAGACAAGUCAGUAAAGAUCAAAAAGGAAUCAAAAGCGAAGGAACAUAAGAAAAGACAGAUAAGUCAUGUAUCUAGCUCGGAUGAUGAUAGACAAAUCAAAAACCGAAAUCAAAAAAAGUCAGAAAAGGAAGCAAAGAAAAAGCGCCAGACGUUGAGUGACUCAAAAUCUAAUAAGAAACUAAGAAGAUCAAGUCAACCUUCUGAAUCAGAAGAUUCCUCAUAUAAAGAAAACGUCAUAAAGAUCCGGAACCAAUCAAAGAAAGCUAAAUCUGGUAAACCUUUGAAAAGCGAUCACAAAAGCAAAAAGAAGGUUAAGUCUCCAGACACAGUUGAUUAUGAGGAGGACUUCAAGCGUUUCGGCAAAACUUUGAAGGGCGAUCAAAAAGGCAAAAAGAAGGCAAACUCUCCGGUCUCUUUUGAAGAGGAGCUUCCUCUACCUUUCCGAGAAAUCGGACAUCCCCGGACUGCAAGACAGCCUGUUGACACACCUCUCACCACUAAAAACGCAUCAAAGAACCACCCCACUGCUGCAAACACUUCCCUGCUCAAAAUGUUCAGCCCAGUGUCCUCCCCCAAACAAGCGAAACAGGAUGUACUCAAUAGAUGUCUUCGUAAAUUAGGUGACUACAGCAAGACAGAUGAUGCAGAAUAUCCCGGUUCUGUGGUUUACGUAGAGAACCCAGAUCUAGACACGGUUACUAUCCAUGGAAUAUUCGAUCUUGAGAAAGAAGCGGAGCGUGGACCAAUGGUUGUUGACGGUGACUCCAUGGUGUUAAAGUUAACAUGGGGUUCAGCUAAUCUUACAUACGAAGGAGAGGAUGCUCAUGGAAGAUCUGAGACAGUGCAUAUGAAAGUGAACAAAGAUUUUCAUCUAAAGGACGGUUCUAGCUACACAAUGACAACAAUGCGGGGAGCACUCAUAAAUUUUAAGUGCUCUAUCCCACCAGAUGAGUCAUUUAUGGAGUGAUGAUGAGAAAGAGACUCAUGUCUGUUAUGAAAAAUGGGUUUUCAAAAACCAUUGUAUUUUUAACAUUGUGAUUAAAUAUGUAUGCGAAUCUGCACAUUAUUAACGUUAUAAUUAUGAUGACGUUCAUAACCAUUAACCGUACUAUGCUUAAUAAAUUUGUAUUUCAUAAUAUAGUAUAUAAGUUAUUGUAUUGUUCUAGCAACGGGCAUAGAUUAUUAAAUAUAUUGUACAAUAAUAGGCAGGUUCAUUAUUUCAAAAUGUUACUGAAAAAUUUCGGGGAGUGCUUAUCCGUUGCUCCUUAAGUUCAUUCAUCACCAAAAAAUUACAAAGUAACGUUUUUUUAAUAACUUGCCUUGCAACUAAAGAAUUUCUUAGAUAACGAUUUGGGUCAUUAACUAUGGUGCUUUAAAAUCUGUGUUUAAAUUUCAUAUCAGGGCAAAACUCCAUCUUCGUUUUAAAAAAGAGUAGCUUUUGGAGCUGCUGUCACCGUUUUGCAUUUUGAUUUGGAAUUUCGAAUCAGUGUUCUAGAGUAAUCAACAAUUAUUGCACAACCUGCACUUACCUUGGGUCAUGGUCAUAAGUCACAUAAUAAUAAUAAUAAUGACUAGAAAUUUAUACAUCGCUUAAUAGCCAAAAAGAAUUAAAAAUCCAAGGAUUCAGUUCAAACCAUUGCAUCUAAAGCGACUCAUGAACAAUGAACAUGUACAUAAGAACUUAGCAUUUUAUGAAAUAUGGGUUUUUAUGAGGAAGUUAUUUUAUGAAACUUAUAUGAAUACUUUUAAUACAUGUUUGUUGUUGGUUGAAUAAAUGUUUCCUGUAACAGUAUUAUAUUUUGAAUUCAAAUUUAAUAUGAUAA